CCUUGCCCGCUUCUGCUCUUGGACUCUCCCGCGAGCGAUCUCCGCCACGUUCAUCUCACACGACCGUUUGCCCCUCGCGUCUCACAUCUCGCACUCUCACGUCGCCCGAGCAUGACCGCAGGCCCCAGCAGAUCCCGCGUCACCAGAGUCGAACUCACCGCUGAUCAGCUGCUCGGGUCAGACCUCACACCCGCUCGUCCAUUCAAACAUUCGAAGCAUGGACCAAAGAACAUAACCGUCGAGCAGCUGCUGGGCACGAGCCUCACGAUCACGCCUGCCGCACGGAACAACGCCGCGUCGCGAUCUCGGAGCACCCCACGUCCAGCUGCGCGAUCUCCCCCAUCAAGCUUCGUGCGUCCCUCCUUGUCGCGGAACGUGCCAGCUGUCCCGAAUCCCACCCGCAUUACCGCAGAUGAGGUGCUGAGGACGGGCUUGCCUGUGCGGACGCUGCAGGCCGCGAAGCAGCGCGCCCGGACAGGACAGACUUUGGUGCUCACGGCGGAACAGCUGCUCGGCUCUGGUGCUAGCGGCAGUAGCUCCAGUCCGGGCAGCUCUCGCGUGCUCCCUGCCUCAGAGCUUGCAGGGUCUGGGCCGAGUUCUCGGAUGCGAUCGAGUCACGCGAGAGAUAACGCCUCCAAUCCUCCUUCAGGCCCGUCUCGAUCUGCUGCUGGCGCUGGUAACAGCCGUGUUGCUCGUCCGUCCACUGCAGGAGCGGCCACAGGAGGUGGCAGUAGUGGGAAUGAUUCUUCGAGUGCAGGUCGCGGAAGGGACAAUCGUCCUCGGCAAUUGCGACGCAGCAGCAGUAUGGGAUCAACGCACACGCUGCCCAUCUACACGAAGGAACCUGGAGAGUCUGAGGUUGUCAUAUCUCGUGGCACCGCUGAUCUCGAGGAUGAGAUUACGAUCACGGUGAUGACCCCUGUCGAGGAGAACGGCCCAAGCUUCGUGGAAGGUUUACCAACUUCCAGCUUAAGUGCCUCCACGGCCCUCGAUUCCGCGCAACAGCUCAGUCCGACGCUUGACACAGGCGCACCCCCAGCACUCAACCCUGUUGUCAAUUCAGCGUCGAGCCCUGUGAUGACCACUUCCCGUUUAAGUCCGACGCCCACGACGACUCCGAUUGCAAUCCCUACUGGACGUGGGCCGUAUGCCGCGCGAGCCCCGCCAGCGCCGUAUGCAGAUGAAGUGCCCUCGUACGAAUUCGCCAUGAGUACGCCUGACCUACAUGCCCUUCCAAUCCACAUUCCCCCACCGAGCUCCCCCGCUCUCGGCUCGCCGCGUGCCCUCAGCCCGUCUACCCCCAGUCCGUCCACACCCGCAAGCCCGUCGAGCCGCCCUGACUCAUCGAGCCCCCCAAGCCCUACGGAAGGCGCGGAAUCCCCUCGCAGACGAUUUGGGCUGCGGUCGCUCUUCCGUAGCUCGAGCAGGACGCGCCUGCGUGGGGGCUCUGUCUCGGGGUUGCCUUCGCUGGGCCUCACGUCGCCUCCGCCUCCGCUUCCCCCUCUCCCGGUCGCAUCUCCUCGACCGUUCCAUCGCUCGUCCCAUUCGGCGUCGAUGCUCGACCUGCUUUCGCGUUCUUGGUCAGACAACCCCAUGGUCCGUGCCCGAUCUGACCGCGGAGACGCGUAAGACGGGCUUCAGGUCCCGCUUCCCUACGAUCUUACGUCUCUCCAUGUCUCAUGUCAAGAUUCUAUCCCUCCUACUUUCAGUGGAUCGAGCAGUUGGACUCUUAUAUAUUGCACACCCCUCUUGGUCAACAUUGCUCUCUCGCCCACAUUCUACCUUUCUAUCUGGCCGCCGCUGCUUUGCCGCCGUCUAUGCCUUACCCAUUGCUGUAGAUUAUACCGUCAUUCCCUAUGGUGUCUCCAUCCACAUCUAUACUUACCGUGUGUAUCUAGCUCCUGAUUGCAUGAAGUUCCGUUUGCC